AUGGCAGAGAUCACUUUCCCUAUCACCGAACUCUCGGUCGAAAUUGUCUUGGAGAUUAUCAAGCAGGCUGCGACACCAGAUUUCAAGAAACUGCACCUUGGUGUCAAUCCAUACAAAACUGCCGUCAAUUUAUGUCUAGUCUCUCAUGCUUUCCGUGCUGUCGCUCUCCCUCAAAUGCUCCACAGCGUUAUUCUGUCCAAAACAAACAAUAUCCAUUCGUUCAUAAAGGCCCUACGCAUCCAGCGGGCCUAUUAUAUCUGCAUGACUAGCCCCGCCACCCAUAUCCCAAGCUGCGAAAAUUACCAUUUUAUAACGAAUGAGCCCAUUAUCCGCGCGCGUUUGCUGUACUGCGACUAUUCCAAAUACGUCCAUCGCAUGUGGAUCGGAGAAUGCGAGUACAUCCCAAGCGCAGAACCAGGAGAACCGGGGCGAGCCCCCACCAUUCACGAAAUCGACGCUUGCAUCGAGACCGACUACGCCAUUCUUGCACCCGUUCUCUUCGCGACUUCUUCGCUUGGCAUUGAUUUUAUGAGCUUUAAAAUCCUCUUUCGCGCUCUCGAAACUGUCUGGAAGAGGGAGUACGAGAUUGCUCGCCCCAUCACUACACCUCUGCCGUGGAAGAUUACUUCACUCACUCUCACGGGCUUCCCUCUAUUCACAUAUAUAUAUGCAACUGAAGGAGAGGCUUUCCUAAGUACCCUAGAGCGCGUUGUGCUGCUCAUACCAUGGAAAGACGGGGACCUCCACCGCGUUCUUCCAUCAUGGGCCAAUAGUGUAUCUUGGUCAUUUUUUUCUAAAGUCAAGGAAAUCGCACUGCCGAUCCCUCGCGCUACAAACCAAUUCCUUGUGUCUGAAUUUGACAUGUUGUUUCUAAACACGAAUGGUAUCAGAGACAUCCUAUACAGGAGGAAUAUUGGUUGGAUCAUCGAUAUUCUCAAUGCCCAAGAUAGAUCGGAUCGUAAUGGACGCGCAAUUAAAGUACGCUUGGGGGUACAUGGAAAUGAAAAUAGUGGAGGUUUGGAUAGGGACAUACAAGUUCAUGGUAACUUUGUGUUACCUACGUUAUGGGAGGAGAUGUGGGCAGAGGUUUUCGAGUAG